UCAGUCUUAUUUGGCUAAAUCUUCUCUCAUAUCUUUUCUGGCUUUAAAAAGAUGGAAAAGCUUAUGGAGGAGGAAACUUAUAGGCAAGUUGGGUUCUGGUGAGAAGGAGGGUGCUUUAGUGGCCCGGAUCUGAAUAACGAGUUAGAUGCCCGUAGCUGUAGCUGGGAAUGUGUUGUCAGCUGCUAUAUAUCCAGAUCCCAAAGUCUUAUUAGCUAGGUUUGCAGCAGCAGCAGCAGCAGCAGCAGCAGUAGCAGUAGCAGAAGCUGGAAGUUGCAGCAGAGGCAGUGCAUCUUCUUCCAUCCAUCCAUCCAUCCAUCUACCUUUAAUAAAUUUAGCACAAGAAAGGAAUCUUCUUUCUCUUCUUCUACUUCUACUUCAACUUCUACUACUUUUCUUUCUUCUAGUCUUUCUCUCCUUGUGCUCGAUCAGUAGUACUGUCAUAUCCAUCUUCUUCAAGGGGAUCAUGGCCAACCGUUGGUGGGCUGGGAGUAUAGCCAUGGGAGGGAUCAACCCAGUGGCUUCCUCCUCGUCUCCACCUCCUUCCCUUCACCUUCGGAACCCCGCCGGCGAUGACCUUAGGAAUCCACAGCAGUUUCAUCAUCUCAGCCCUCUCGGCUCUAUACGACGAGACCAAGACCCUAUCCCCACUGCCACCCAAAGCAGUGGGAGUAACAAUAACCCCAACGACGAUGACGACAGUGGUGGCAAUGCUGAUGACCAGACCGCUGCUGGCGGGGCUGGAUCUGUUGAGAUGGCAGAGACUGGUGGCUCGGCUGGGAGCAAUAACGGCCGGCGGCCCCGUGGCCGUCCACCCGGAUCCAAGAACAAACCGAAGCCACCCAUCAUCAUCACUCGAGAUAGUCCCAACGCUCUCCGUUCCCACGUUCUCGAGAUCGCCAACGGUACUGACAUCAUGGAAGCCAUGAACAACUUCGCUCGCAAGAGACAGCGCGGUGUUUGUAUUCUUAGUGCGAGCGGUGUCGUCACUAAUGUAUCUCUCCGCCAACCCGGUGCUCCGCCGGGAGCUGUAGUCACGCUACACGGCCGCUUUGAGAUUUUAAGUCUUUCCGGCGCGUUCCUUCCAGCGCCGUCGCCUCCGGAUGCUACGGGGCUGAAGGUGUAUCUCGCCGGCGGGCAAGGGCAGGUUGUGGGAGGCAGUGUCAUGGGGGAGCUGCUUGCUUCAGGGCCAGUCAUGGUCAUUGCUGCAACGUUUUUCAAUGCUACUUUUGAGCGACUACCAUUAGAGGAUGAUGCUCCGGCUGGUGAACAGCCGGUGUCGGAGGGGAUGCAGCUACAACAGAGUCCAGGUGGUUCUGCAGGUGCGGCUGGUUUGGCUGCUGAUCCUUCAUUAGCCCCCAUGUUGAACCUCCCCCCAAAUCUAAUCCCCAAUGGUCAGUUUCCACCUGACAUGUUUGGUGCCUGGCCUCCUUCAGCUCCUCGUCCUCCGUCCUUCCAAUAAUUGGGAGGAGAUAAAAAAUAGCAAUCUAAACAGAUGGAACUCGCCUCUUAUGCCAGGAAAGAAUCACAAUGGCAUGAAUGAUGGGAGAGAAGUGAAUAUUGUCUUAUCAGACCUCCACCACAUUGCAGCACCGAGCUUUUUUCUAGGUCGAUGAGCAUGUUGGCCAUUGCUAAUUCACCAUAGAACUAGAUAUCCCGUUACUAAUUCGGAUUUCAAUACUGGCAGGUGAUUGUUGUGUCUUAGUCUCAUUCUAAUUAAUGGUACUAUGUGUGUUAACUUCUCAUUUAAUUCUGGUCUAUUUACUAGAUGAAGAAAAA